AUGUCAACGAGAGAUGCCCUUUGGGAAAGCGGUUACGAUGAAUCAGUAGAAGUCAAUCAAAGGGCUCUCAUCGACAAAGUCCUUGCAAGAUAUUCUGGCGAAUUCACGGUCUUUCGGGAACUCUUACAAAAUUCGGAUGAUGCGCAAUCGAAAAAUGUGGAGAUUAGGUUUGAGACAAGGUCAUUCAUUGACGGAAGAAUGGGGAAUCUUGCUACCUCCGCCGCACUCGACAAUUCUUUACCUGACUUGAAAACAUCUGUCGUGCAUCAAUGGACAUUUAAGAACAACGGAAUUGUAUUCAGAGACGAGGAUUGGAACCGCUUGAAGAAGAUUGCGGAAGGUAACCCCGAUGAAGAAAAAAUUGGUGCCUUUGGUGUAGGGUUUUACAGCUUAUUUUCAGUUACGGAAGAGCCAUUCGUAACCUCAGGAGGUCAAUGGAUGGCAUUUUAUUGGAAGGAUAAGAAAGAUCAGCUUUUCGCGCGGCGUGGCCAACUUGAGGAUUCUGAGACGCAACAAUGGACUACGUUUGAAAUGAAACUCCGGGAACCUGCUCCUAUUCCAGUUGCCUUCGACUUUGCCCGCUUUCUUUCCUCAUCUAUCACCUUCAUGACACAUCUAUCACAAAUUUCAGUUUACUUUGAUGACAGCUGUCUGGUGAGAUUGAAAAAGUCUUCCGGUAUUCCAAGGGACAUCGGAAUACCACAAUUCCUGAAUGGUGUUAGCCCUUUAAGAACAAUGGCUGUAAAGAGUAUCAAGUCUACCCCACUUCAUAUACAAGCGGAAGUCAUGAAAUGGGUAUACACAUCAGGGUCUGAAAAAUUCCGAACAACCGCACCCGCAAAACCGGCCAAGAUUAUUGGCCAAGGAAGCUUCUUUUCAUCGCUCUUCAGUUCACUUUCUGGUGGCACAACGAUUCAGCGAACGAACGUAGCUUUACCUUCCGAACCUGCAACGGUAUUCGACGCCCGUGAGAUCAACGAAACAAGCGUGUCCCUAACGAUAUUUUCCGCCCAUAUCGGCGUACAACUGGAAAAGAGGGUUGCGACGGAACUAUAUCGGUCCACAAAAAAGAACCCUCCUACAAAUAUGAAAUUUGAGCUCAUCUAUACGGGGAAGGCCGAGUAUGAUUCAAGCAAAGAGGAAGACAAGCAACAACAGUUUGGGACAGGAAGCAUUUUUCAAGGCCUUCGUGCUGAUAUUGACGGAGUAGGCGCCGCCCGCGUCUUCAUCGGACAUGCCACUGCUCAGACCACUGGGGUUGGAGGACAUGUGGCAGCACGCUUUAUUCCUACGGUUGAACGAGAAUCGAUUGAUUUCAUGGAUCGUAACGUUUCUCUCUGGAACAAGGAACUUUUGUAUGUUGGAGGAUUUUUAGCAAGAUCCGCAUAUGAGUUUGAACUAGCGGAGGUCAAGCAACUCUGGGAAAAUGCGGGGGAUUUAAAUGACGAUAUUCGGAGACAUCUCUGGAGCCGUGGUUUACAUGCUCUCAAGUUUUUUACAUUUCAUCCGUCAACUCCUUCAGCCGAAGUUUCAAACGUCCUAGAAGCUGCUUUCUUCUCAUGCUCCUCUAAUAACCAGUUUUCUAUCCUCUCUACCCAGGGUGUCCAACAGUCCUCCAAAGUUCGCCUUCCCGAUUCAACUUUCUCCAGCUUCCUGAAAAAUUUGCCGGUCCUUCCUGACGAAGUCUUCUCCGGUGCACAAUCCAUAACGACAUCUUUGCAUAAUCGAGGACUCAUUAAGAACAUUACCUUUGAUGAUAUCCUGAACGAGCUCCGUUCACGCCCGCUGAAGGAGGACGAGAUGAUAGCGUGCCUUUCUUGGUGGGCUGGUGUGUACGAGAAGGACGACAGCUCCAGACUCUUGCCCAUUCGAUCACAGCUUCUCGAUGCAGCCAUAUUGACGAAUGGCGAAGCUGGAAAGGAGGAAAAGGUUACCCCUCUUUCCCAUAUCAGAACAUUUAUCAAUCCACGAUCCCUGGGCGGGACGGUCCCGUUAGACGGGCCUUUACCAAACCACUUAUUGCCGGUCGGUAUCAGCAAAGCCCUCAAACUAGAAACCGUCAUUACGUCUUUCCCGUGGACAGAGCUAACCGUCAUACAAUGGCUCAACUACAUCAGUAAACCAGCAACGGGGAAAUUUCACGUAGAUUACGACCUCAGUAAAUCAGCUCCUUGGGCGGAGCGCGUGUUACUUGUUCUGGCUCGCAGUUGGCCUACCUUGUCCAGUCAAUCCAAGAAUGAGGUUUUCCUUUUACUGGAAGACAUAACAUGCAUUCCCACUUCAGCCGGGAUGAGGACACCCGACCAGUCGUAUUUCCCCAAUGCAAAUAUAUUUCAUGACUUGCCAGUCGCAGUUCUUCCGUCCGGAAAUGCCAUCAAGGGACCGAUGGAAAAACUUCUCCAAGCUCUUGCUGUGCGCAAUCAUGUUGACCUCCAAAUCAUCUUCAACAGAAUGAUCAAGACGAAUGAGUGGACAAUUGCAGACCUCACGAAAUAUCUUGUGACUGUAAAGGCUACACUUACUGCGGAAGAGGUGGAUCGGCUCAAGGUCACUGCCGCGUUCCCCAAGGAAAAUAGCUCUGAGUCUGAUAGUGGUGAGGUCAAACGUGUAAGAUGUCAAGCCAAAGAUCUGUACGAGCCUUUGGAGAUUUUCCGUCAGCUUGGCCUCCCAGUGAUUGAUUGGGGAACUCAGACAAAGUGGCGCAGCUCUUCGGAUGAAGCGAAAUUGCUGUUUGAACUCGGGUUGCAGCGCUAUCCACCAUUGAAAACCGUCAUCGCCCUUUGCGCUAGCCAGGAUUCAGAGCUUCAUACUUCUGCCUUGAACUAUCUCAUAGACAACUUAUCCACAAGGUAUCAAGAAUACGACCCUACUAAUUUCGAUGAUAUCCAUUUCAUACCGGCCUUGAAUGGGACUGAAAUGUGCCUCGGCUCUCCCAAGGAGGUUUUUUCCAAUGCACAAUGGGCCUCUUUAGGCUUUUUGAUUGCGUCGCCGAAAAUUCAACGCAACGCGGUCAAACUGAAACUGAAGGAACACCCUUCAGCCUCCCAGUUGACAACUUUUCUCCAAAAGAGACGGCCUGCAAGUAAAGCAGAAGCUAAGGCCUGGUUUGCGGUAUUGUCAGGCAGGGUUAACGUUUUCAGCGCCGCCCACUUGAAGUCAUUGUCACAAGUUUCAUUUGUACCCGUUUGCUCUGAGAACGGGUUAGAAGGGCCUUGUGUGCGACAUUUAUCCCCAACGCAAUGUUACUUAGGUGGGGAAGCAAAGGAUCGAUUUCACUCCAAACUAUUCGUUUUUGUGGAUUUUGGCGGUGCUGCGAAUACCUUCUUAAUUGCUUGUGGCGCAAGGCAUGAACCCAGUGUUGAGGAAAUUGCAAAGAAACUGCUGGCAGAUCCCCGCGAGUUUUACAAGCUUGCCCAAGGACCAAGCCACUACCUCGCCGAGCUCCGUAACAUAGCCAUUAACAGCAGGAUGAUCUCCGCAGGAACCAUUGCAAAGAUGACGCAUUCGUCGGUCUUGCUGGGUUCCCAACGCAAAGCGAAGAAGAUACCCAGGGAAAAUGAUGUUGACGAUUUAGAUGAAGAUGAAUGGAACGUCGUAUACGACUUGAAAAAACCUGAUCAGAUUAUCAUAUCAGACGACACGCACGCAUACCAAGUGUUUGGUGACUCAUUAUUUAUUGCUCCACAGGAAGAUAUUCUAGAAGACUUUUAUAUUCAGCUUGGAUCUAGACGGCUUAGCUCUCUAGUGAAGGAAGAAUAUCAAACGUCUGCGGAACUAGCUCAGUCCAAGAUCUCGCAUGAAACCCGAGCUCUGAUCUUGGAAAGACUUCCCUUAUUCCUGCAUGAGCAUACGCAUGCACGCACACUGGUCUCGUAUACCUGGUUGGCAACCGAAGGAAACUUUAUUGUGAAAACAUUUAGAAAAAUUUCAAUCACAAAAUCAUUGACAUUUGCCGAGUUGCGACUCUCUCGCAAGGAUGAUGCAUCCGCCGUAGCAAAACGUUUUGGUACUGGAGCUAUUCAAUUAUGGCUUGCAGGAAACUCACAGCUGGACAUGUAUGAAGUCGCAACCUCUCUGAACCGUCUACUGUUCAACGAACCCAAAGCAAAUGAUGCGCUGCUGUUUAUGACCAUUCUUUCGACCGAUCUUCGUUCACUUAAGCGAAGGGGAUAUAACGUCGACCGGAUUUUGCGUCAUCAAAAGGCGGAGCGACAAGCUAUAGAGGACGCACAAGCCCUCCAAAAGGGUACAAUGGCAUCUGACAUCGACGUCUUUGCCAGUGGUUCACAAUUUGUAUCGGAGCCAUCCCUCGAUAAAGAAAGGCGCCUUACGGUUCCGGGAGGGUUUGAGAAUAAGCCCACCCCAUCUGCCUCUGUGUUGAAUUCUUUCCAGAGCUUCAGGCGAAAAAUUGGAACUUCCCUCAAUGCCGCUCAAAGCGCAAAGACACCAUCUGCCAGCGAGCAAGACCUGCAGACGCAUCUGCCGCAACGUCCAGUUUCACCUUCACCCGUGGAUCCACUGAAAUCUUCUGAGCAACCUAUGCGUUUUGAACGACCUGCUGGCCCCCAUGUUGCACCUAAAAGCAACAUCUUAUCGAACAUCGAAAUGGCCAUCAAAGCAUGCAGACCAGAGUCGGGUAAUUUGAUUCGGAAUCGGGAAAAAAUGCUUCAAGUAAAGGAGACUCUGGAGGAAGGGUAUUGCGAUAUAUCUGGACGAGUGGGAAAUUUAAUUGUCAUUGGCGAAAUGGGUAACGUCAAGGUUUACCUGUCGGAAGAACUUGUUGCUUCACAAGCACAACACUUUAUGCAGCAAAAGAGAGGGUCUCUUGCAAGAUUCGUUGACCUCAUGACAUCCUUGGCGCAUCUUUAUCAGCUUCCGCUCACAAGUUUGCACAUAUUCUAUGAUCUAGAAGGUGGACUGAUCGCCUUCAAUCGGAACGGCAGCGUUUUUUUAAAUCUACGCUACUACGAAUGUUGGCACGACAACGACGUCCAAAAGGGCUCAUUAGAGUCGGCUUAUAUUUCGUGGUAUUUUACACUCGCGCACGAAAUUGCGCACAACCUUGUGCAGCCACAUAAUUCCGAGCACGAGUUCUAUUUCUCUGCAAUCUGCGAGAAACACCUUUUGGCAUUGGGCAGCCUUCUCUCGUCAACGGGCUCGUCAACCUAA